AUGAAAUUCGCCGUAUCGCCUGCCGUUCUAGUACUGCUACUUAGCGCUCUCGGCAUGGCAGCUCCAAUCGAAAGCAGCCAGGUGAGCGAUCAAGCUAUCUCAGCAGUAGACAUAGUCUCUAAUUAUAAGCAGGACAUGCGCCGUGAUCCGAACGGAGUCCUGCAUCUUGGGGCUGACGGUGUUCUGCGUUCACUCAACGCCGACCGCACCGCCGUGCUGGACUACCGCCGCCUGUCGCCCGAGGAGGCACAGAACUUUGCGUCUGGCUUCGACCAAGCCACUGUGGAUGCGCUUGCUGGCGUCGAUGGUCGCGAUGUUAUCGAUGUUGAACAGCUCUGGGCUGUCCCAUCUGUGAACACAAUUACAGCUGCAACGUUCCUUCGCAAUGCCCACAAGGAGGCGCAGGAGAUCCGUACUGUCCCGACUGCGUUACAGGUUUCACCGUAG